CAAACUCCUGGUGACAAGCACGCCGGGAUGUGUUCCUCCCUGUCCUUGGUGAGAUGAGGCUGGGAGCUGUUCUUGCUGUUUUGCAGUGUCGCGGAGGACGCCCGGAGCCCGGCGGGGCCAUGCCAGGAUGCGCCUGUGGCCUCGCUGACCUGCCCGCCGUCCCCGCUGCCUGUCCCGCCCGGCGCCAUGGGAGGAUGCUUCUCGAAGCCCAAGCCAGUUGAAGUGAAAAUUGAAGUUGUAAUACCAGAGAAGGAGAGAAACAAGGAGGAGAUGUCACCCAACGGGAAAGCCAGCCCGCUGAUCUACAAAGUCAACGGGACUGCCCGGCAUUAUCAUCUCGAGGAGCAUCCCAUUGCCAGCAAUCCCUACCACAACCCAAAGGAUGUGGUGGAAGCGUCUGUGUGCCAUGUGAAGGACCUCGAGAAUGGACAGAUGCGGGAAGUGGACCUGGGCUGCGGGAAGGCUCUGCUCAUCAAGGAGAACGGCGAGUUCCACGCCGUGGGACACAAGUGUCCCCACUAUGGGGCUCCGCUGGUCAAAGGGGUUUUGUCCAAAGGAAGAGUCCGCUGUCCCUGGCAUGGAGCUUGCUUCAACAUCGGCACAGGUGACAUAGAGGACUUUCCUGGCUUGGACAGUUUAGCCAGGUUCCAGGUGAAGAUUGAGAAGGAGAAGGUGUACAUCCGAGCAAGCAAGCAGGCUCUUCAGACACAGAGGAGGACAAAGAUGAUGGCGAAGUGCAUCUCCCUGAGCAACUAUAACCUGAGCAGUACCAACGUGCUGAUCAUCGGUGCAGGGGCAGCUGGACUGGUCUGUGCAGAGACCUUGCGCCAGGAGGGUUUCUCGGACAGGAUUGUGAUGUGCACGAUGGACAGACACUUGCCCUACGACAGACCAAAGCUCAGCAAGUCAAUGGAUUCCCACCUGGAACAGAUCACCCUGCGCCCCAAGGAGUUCUUCUGCACCUACGACAUCGAAGUCCUGACUGAAAUGCAGGUUGCGGCUGUGGAUAUCAAGAACAAGACAGCGGUGUUCAAGGAUGGAUUUAAGAUGGAAUACAACAAGCUGCUGAUAGCGACUGGAAACACACCUAAAGCUCUCAGCUGCAAAGGCAAGGAGGUGGAAAAUGUUUUCAACAUCCGGACACCUGAAGAUGCCAACCGUGUCGUGAAACUGGCCACAAGCAAGAAUGUGGUUAUCGUGGGAGCGUCCUUCCUGGGGAUGGAGGUGGCCGGCUACCUCGCGGAGAGGGCCCACUCCGUGUCCCUGGUGGAGCUGGAGGAAGUCCCCUUCAAGAAGUUCCUUGGGGAGAGGGUUGGCCGUGCUGUCAUGAAGAUGUUUGAGAGCAACAGGGUGAAGUUCUACAUGCAGACAGAGGUGUCAGAGCUGCGGGAGCAGGAGGGCAAGCUGAAGGAGGUGGUGCUGAAGAGCGGGAAGGUCCUGCGUGCCGACGUGUGUGUCGUCGGUGUCGGCGCAGUCCCAGCGACAGGCUUUCUCAAGCAGAGUGGCAUCAACAUCGACUCCAAAGGCUUCAUCGUGGUCAACAAGAUGAUGCAAACCAAUAUCCCCGGGGUCUUUGCAGCUGGUGAUGCUGUCAUGUUCCCGCUGGCCUUGAGGAAUAAUAAGAAGGUGAACGUCCCUCACUGGCAGAUGGCUCAUAUGCAUGGCCGUAUAGCUGCGCUGAACAUGCUGGCUCAUGGCAUGGAGAUCAGCACGGUCCCAUAUUUGUGGACUGCUGUGUUCGGGAAGAGCAUCCGAUAUGCGGGCCACGGGGAAGGAUUUGAUGACGUUGUCAUUCAGGGAGAUUUAGAUGAGCUGAAGUUUGUGGCAUUCUAUACCAAGAGCGACGAGGUGAUGGCUGUAGCCAGCAUGAACUACGACCCUAUCGUGUCCAAGGUGGCUGAGGUCCUGGCUGCCGGCAGAACCAUCCGAAAACGUGAUGUGGAGCUGUUUGUCCGUCACGGCAAAACCGGAGAUAUGUCCUGGCUAACUGGGAAAGGCUCCUAACACCGUUGGUGGCUGCGCCCUCCUGAUGCUGCACUCACCGUGGGGAGACGGGAUGGCAGCUCCAUGGACAAUUGGGAAACGCCCUGGCUGAGUCAUUCCCCUCUGAGACUUGGAUGAGCCCGGUGCCUGUCACUGCACACUUACCUUCCCAGCAGACCGCCAGCGGUUCCUCUGCCCCGGUGCCUCCCAGGCUGGGGCUCUGCUGUUGCAAUUCCCAUGGGAGGCUGGAGCAGCAGCCCCCCUGGCACUGGCAGUGGGCAGGGGCGCCGUGCGGCCGCGGGUGCUGCCGACAGGCUGGGGGGAUCCCCAGGCAGGUCUGCCCCAAGCCCGUCCCUCACCCCUGCCAACAGCGCGAGGGCCUUUUGUUGCUCCCUGUGCUUUCAAGCAUGUUGCCCCUUCCCAAAUCCUCUUCGCUCCCGGUAGAGCUCCGAUGCGCGUCGCCCCCCCGGGGCCUGACAUCUGCUCCCUCCCUGCAUGGCUGCAGCGUCGCCACAGCUCCCCUGCGGAGCCCAGGGAGAUGGGGUGACGCCGGGUGCUCUCUGUACAGCCUGUGAUUGUGUUUCGCAUUCUCCCUUCUCCAGGCUGGUCAUCCCAUCCAGCCCCUCCCAGCAAAGGUGGGUCCCUGCCCAAGCUGAGGGCUCUGGAACUCCUCAGUCCCCGGCCCAGCACCCGCAGCAUCUCCCUGUCCCAGAGCAGACAAGGGGCUGGAGCGCUGCUCCCCAUCUCUCGGGGCUCGGUUUGGGCACUGGCGGCUCCCAGUCAGUCUCUGGGGUGCGGAGCGGGGCUCCCCAGAGAGGUGCAGCAGCUGGACUGCAGCCCCUGGGCUUGGUGGCCAUCCUUCCAGCCAGCCUUGUGCUGUGACUCUCCUCCAGGAUUAUCGCGGGAUUAAUGCUGCUGCUGAAAUGUUACUCGAGGAAAAGUAGCCAGAGGAGUAUUUCUGGCUGUCCUCUGGCCUUCGUCAUUCAUUCCUCCUGUUGCCUAGUGCCAACGCUGCAUUUCUCAUCUCAGCUUUCCAUGUCGGUGCUCUGCUGUCAUGUUUUCUGCCCCUCACUGGAACCAGAGCCUUAUCUCCAGUUCAGGAGUGGACCUGACCAGCCCACAGCCCUGUGUCCAUCAGCCCAGCAGAGCUGGGGGGGCGAGAACCUCCCUCGGAGAGCCUCCAGUGCUCUGUCCUGGGGGAAGUUUCUUCCCUAGCAGUGUUUUACCCUCAGCCCAAAGCAAGAUGAUUUAUAUUUUUAAUUUGAUUCACCCCCUACGAAUUAAAGCAGUACUAUUCUUGGGAUCUGGAUCAUCUCUGAUUCCUUCCAAGGCCUCGGGUCACCUCUGCAGGUUGGCUGGGUGGUGCAAGCACCUCUUCUGCGGAGGCUUCCCACUUCUACCCAGCUCGCCUGUAUUUAUUUCCAGACUUUCUGAUCUUUGCUGGAUAGAAACAUAGCCAGUUGUCUGUCCUAUCUCUGGUUGGUCUCUUCUGGUUUCACUGAAAGGUUUUUCCAAGCAUGUAGGUAGGGGUGGGUAGGCCGGGAAGUGCAUGCCUCAGCACGCAGCGGUGAGCAGGGUCAGCUUGAACCAUUACGUGUCUGCUGGAUCCGUGAAGGGAUGGGAACUUGCAAGUCUGUCUUAGGUCCCAGAAGGCAAAUGUCUCUGUCCCCAUCCCCAGUGCAGCACGUGUGAGGGCUUUCUCUGAGAGCAGAGGUGCCUGGGGCUGCUCAGCUCCCGGUGCCCCGGGC